CGCGGAAGACCCCGGCGUUCUCAGCCGGCUGCGGGUUGCUGGGGCGGGCGCGGGCGCUGGGAGCUAGCAGCUCGCUUCUGAGUCAUGGACUUCCUUUGGCCCCUCCUCUGCCACUCCCACUCCGUCUCCCCGCCCGCCCGCAGGGGCUAGCGCGGCCGCUCCGAGGGGGUGGGGCUGCCGGGAAUGGAUGUGCCCCCUUCGACUCCAGUGCCGCGCUCGCCCGUUUACCUGCGGAGGCAGGCGCCUUGCCCGCAGUGCUCAUGGGGCAUGGAGGAGAAGGCGGCGGCCAGCGCCGAUUGUCGGGAGCCGCCGGGUCCCCCGAGGGUCGCCGCCGUCCCGUGCUUCGGCGUCGCGGUGGACCAGAACAACAUCCUUCCCGGAGCCCUGCGCCUCAUCCGGGAGCUGCGGCCGCACUGGAAGCCGGAGGAAGUUCGGACCAAGCGCUUCACAGAUGGCAUCACCAACAAGCUGGUGGCCUGCUACAUAGAAGAGGACAUGCAGGACUGUGUGCUGGUCCGGGUGUACGGGGAGCGGACGGAACUGCUGGUGGACCGGGAGAAUGAGGUCAGGAACUUCCAACUGCUGAGGGCACAUGGCUGUGCCCCCAAACUCUACUGCACCUUUCAGAAUGGGCUGUGCUAUGAGUACAUGCAGGGUGUGGCCCUGGGACCUGAGCACAUCCGAAAGCCUCAGCUCUUCAGGUUAAUCGCCUUAGAAAUGGCAAAGAUUCACACCAUCCACACCAAUGGCAGCCUGCCCAAGCCCACCCUUUGGCAUAAGAUGCACCAUUAUUUCACGUUGGUCAAGGACGAGAUCAACCCCAGUCUUUCUACAGAUGUCCCUAAGGUGGAGAUAUUGGAACAGGAGCUGGCCUGGCUCAAGGAACACCUAUCCCAGCUGGAGUCACCUGUGGUGUUCUGUCACAAUGACCUGCUCUGCAAGAAUAUCAUCUACGACAGUUCCAAAGGCCAUGUACGGUUCAUUGACUAUGAAUAUGCUGGCUACAACUACCAGGCUUUUGACAUUGGCAACCAUUUCAAUGAGUUUGCAGGUGUGAAUGAAGUUGAUUACUGCCAGUACCCAGCCCGAGAGACCCAGCUGCAGUGGCUGCGUUAUUACCUUGAGGCACAAAAGGGGGCAGCUGCAACCCCCAGGGAGGUGGAGCGGCUCUAUGCACAAGUCAACAAAUUUGCUCUGGCAUCGCACUUCUUCUGGGCACUCUGGGCACUCAUACAGAACCAGUACUCCACCAUCAACUUCGACUUCCUCAGGUAUGCGGUGAUCCGAUUUAACCAGUACUUCAAGGUGAAGCCUCAAGUGUUGGCCUUGGACAUGCCAAAGUGACCAGCCUUGUGUUCCUCCCUGACCUGUCACCAGACCUGUUCCUCAGGGCUGCCUUCUGCCCUGGGGUCAGCACCCUUGGACAAGGUGGGAGAGCGGACAGGUGGGCAUCCAUGGAGAAGGCUCCCAGUGGAUGCCACUGAAGACCUCGUUUUCCUGUUUGAAGGAGCUGGUUGGGACCCAGUUCUCUACACCCUGCUAGGCUUGGGGAGGAAGUGCCUGCAGACAGCCAGAACCUGGAUUGUCACCCUAUGGGAGCACACAAUUGCCAGCCCAGGCCUGCUGGAGCUUGGGCUGCCUCAGGGGUCCCUGACCUUUCCUGGUGGGGGAGGGGGAGGGCUCCUUUCUACCUCUAGUGCCCCAGCUUCUACCAGAUUCCAAAUGCCCCAGGUGAGAGGUGCAGAGCUCCAAACCAGCAGUAUACUUUGUACCUUGGAGGCAGAGCUCUAGAACUGGGCCUGACAGCUCUCCCAGCAGCUGCCUCAUCUAGGGCCCCUAACUUCUCCAAGCCAGAUGCCAUCCAGUGACUGCCCUGCCCUGCCCCCCCCCC